AUGUCGCAUCAACACGCACCUGGAGGGAGGAAGGAUGUAACGCUAGAAGUUCGCAUGAGACAGUCGAGUGUCGAGCUUCAGACCUGCUCUACUACGCAGCUACAGUCGUUGCGCGGCGGCUGCGGAUGGGCAAAGACGAUAUAUAGAGAUGAGGCUCAGGAAGCUGAGCGGAUGGUAACGUUCGUUAUUGGUAUGGUCGUUGCCCGAGCGUCCGGAAAUGAACGCUGUGCAGCUCUUGUGCUACUGCCGUGGCCGCCCGGUUUCAGUGAAGAUGGUGGAUGCUCUGCGAACACAUGGAGACGAUCGGCCUCUACGCGGAACCAUGCGACUCUGCGCUGUUAUCACUGCACUGCCCUCCUCCACAGACGACUUCUGAGGAUCUAUGCACAAGUGCCGUCGCUGGCCGUCGAUGGUCUAGCCCCGUCAAGCAUGGUGGAGGUGCCCCCGCCCAUGGCCUAUCAAGCUCGACCACUUGGGUGGAGCCGGGAUGGUAUGGCGAUGGGAUGA